UAACACCCUAUGGUGGAUAUAAUAAUUCAUUAAAAAAAUGACUGGGUGUUAACAGUGGGCUGGAAAAAUAUAACGCCCAUGUGUUAUGUAUAAUUCAUUUUGAAUCUGAUUGUUUCUAGGCUUAUACAUGCAUUGGGUUUCUAUCCCGAAGUAUCCUCCCAGUCUCUCGGAGCAAGCCAAAACAAAACGAGCAUUGUCUACGUUGUUCUCCCUCACUCACCUCCACCAUCAACUCUCCCAGGGACGUCAACACUUCUUAGGUCGUCCUGCUCAUCCACUUGGUGUUUUGAACAAUGGCUGACUCUAUGAUGUCUGAAGCUGCUCCCGCGAUUGACCCUUCUCCCGUCAAGGCUCGCCCUUUCGGCAGGACGAAAUCCGUCAGUGAGCUUCUUGGUGGUGGGAAAGUUGCCGACAUUUUGCUCUGGAAGGAAUGGAAGGCGAGCUCUGCUAUCUUGCUGUCCGUCAUCGCUCUCUGGUUCUUUUUCGAGCGAUCGGGGAUGACCCUUCUCACGGUGGCCGCUGAUGCCCUCAUGAUCGUCGUCACAACGUUCUUCUUGUGGGCUCAAGUGGCUUCUUUCUUAAACAAGUCUGGUCCCCCGCUCCCGGAACUCAAGGUUUCCGAGGACUCCAUUAGCAAGUCGGCCAUCUUUAUCCGUGACGAAGUGAACACAAUGCUGAAGCUUGCCCACAACGUCGCCCUCGGCAAGGACUACCUUCUUUUCGCCAAGGUUCUCGCCGCUCUGUACGUGGUCGCAGUGGUGGGUGCAUGGUUCCACUUCCUUACCCUCGUCUUGCUUGCUGUCGUCGGCGCCUUCUCUCUGCCCGCUCUGUAUGACAAGUUUGAGGACCAGGUGGAUGAGAACCUUGAGAAGGUUCUUGCAGAGAUGGACAAGUUUUACAAGCUCGCUGAGGAGAAGAUCCGGGGAGCUCUUAACAAGCCGAAGUCUAAGAAGACAGAGUAGGCUUGUUCAUCCCCGCAGAUCCAUCAGUUUCUCUGGUGCGGUGUGCUGACCAGUGCAAAUCGAGCUUGGAUCAUCCUGUUUUAUGAGAGCCCGAAUUCUGCUGUGAGCGAAUAAUGAAGUGGUCUGCCAGGGUGGAGAGGUUUGGUCUGGCCGUAGCUUGCGGCUAGUUUCCUGUGAUUGUCACAUUGUAUGCUCUUGGCAUAGCAGUGCUUGAUUAGCAGAACCUUAUGUGAAGUGAACCAAGUACCAUACGCACCCAUUCCUUUGCAAGAGUGCCAAGCCUAUCAUUAUGACAGUUUAUUUAUCAUUAUCUCGCUUACA